GGUGUUUAUGUUAUUCUCGUGUUUUGUUUAGUUUACGUUGUACAUUCUUGUCUUGUGUAUGUGUUUUAACUUUAUAUUUAUGAGACAGCCAAGUAACUUAAUUCAUACCAAAUUCUUAAAUAGUGAUAUCUGUUUAUUCUUUAACAUUGAGAGGGAAAAAGUCAAAACAUCAUUUUGCCUGCUGUCAGAAUAUCAUCAGACGUUUAGCCUUCAUGACAGUCGAUUACUGGGUCGCAGGUUUUAUUCUGGCUCCAUCGAUAAAGAAGAAUCAAACCAGCUAAAGUAAAUUGGGUGAAAGUGAAAGUAUACAGAAGAUGGAAAAUCAUCAGGGUGCUGCGAGCAGCAGCUCUGGAGCUGAUCUUCUCUCCAGGAUCGCUCUCAAUGAUAACAAAGCUGGCAUGGAGGGACUGGACAGAGACAAGAUCAACAAAAUCAUUCUGGAAACCUCCAAGGGAUCUAGAUUUUAUGAGAAUGAACUGAAGAAGGAGCAGCAGGUGAAUCAACGCAUUGAAAAGAUGAUGGAGCAAAAAGCAAAAAUCACUGAAGAACAGAUGAAGCAAGCACAAGCAGAGGUGGACAAACUGACGUGUGAACUGGAGAGGAGUCGAGAGCUGAGUCGUCUAAUAGUUCACGUAGACAUGGACGCGUUCUACGCUGCCGUUGAAAUGAGAGACUGCCCAGAGCUGAAGGACAAACCGAUGGCAGUGGGAUCCACAAGCAUGCUGUCAACCUCCAAUUACCAUGCUAGGAGGUUUGGUGUCCGUGCUGCCAUGCCAGGGUUCAUUGCUAAGAAGCUCUGUCCGAAUCUUGUCAUUGUGCCGACUAAUUUUGACAAAUACAGAGCAGUGAGUGCCCAGGUACGGGAGAUAUUUUCAGAAUAUGACCCUCAUUUCAUGCCUAUGAGUCUGGACGAGGCUUAUCUGGAUAUCACUGAGCACCUGGAGCAGCGGAAGCACUGGCCGGAGACCAUGCGAACAUAUUACACCUGUGAUGCCAAGACAGGAAAUAAUGCAGAGAGGUCUGCAGCUGAACCAGAGAAAGAUGGACUGUCUCCAGUGCUGUUUGAGGACAGUCCCAGCUCUUCACCCUCUCUGUCAGGGCCUGAUAGGAAAUCAGAAGUGUUUGGGACGAGUGCAGAGGAGGCUGUAAGGGAAAUGCGCUUCCGCAUUGAGCAGAAAACAUCUCUUACUGCCAGUGCGGGCAUUGCCCCAAACAUGAUGCUUGCAAAAGUAUGCAGUGAUAAGAACAAGCCCAAUGGCCAGUACCGAAUUCCUCCUGAGAGACAAGUUGUGAUGGAGUUUAUGAAGGAACUUCCUGUUAGAAAGGUGUCUGGUGUUGGAAAGGUUACUGAGAAGAUGCUGGCCGCUUUGGGAAUUGUCAAUUGUGCACAGCUGGGCCAGCAGAUGGCACUAUUAUCCCUGCUUUUUUCAGGAACCUCCUGGCAUCAUUUCCUUCACAUAUCUUUGGGUUUGGGCUCCACAUGUAUCGAGAGGGAUUCAGAAAGAAAAAGCAUGAGCACUGAGAGGACGUUUGGAGAGAUGAGCGAUGCAGAGGAGCAGUAUUCCCUGUGCAGGGAUCUCUGUCAUGACCUAGCACAGGACCUACAGCGGGAAGGCCUCAAGGGUAAAACUGUUACUUUGAAGCUGAAGAAUGUCAAAUUUGAAGUGAAGACCAAAGCGUUCACACUGCAGUAUGCUGUCUGCACUGAGGAGGAGAUCUUUGCUGCUGCUAAGGACCUUCUCAAAGCUGAGAUUGACAGUGUCAGUCCUCAGCCACUAAAGCUGAGACUCAUGGGCGUUCGAGUGUCCGGCUUUAUCAGCGCUGAAGAUAAAAAGCCUCUUCAGAGGAGUAUAAUGGGAUUCCUGCAGAAAGGUGGAUCUGAUUCAAGCGGCUUCACGCAGUGUGCUGGAUCUGCGCUCAAAGCAGAAGAAAGCAGUGAAGGUGCCAGUUUCCUAAAGCCACAGUCCACUGAGAUAAAAGCACCUUCUGUGUCUGAGCAAACACCCAAAUCUAGAGGACCUCAGCAGCAAUCGUUUUUUCAAAGAGCACAGUUGAAACGACUUCAGCAGCAGCGGGAACAAAUGCCUGUCAUCGCUGGUACAGACACAACGAACAAUAGUGCUGACGCAGGUGCUGCAGCACAAACAGAUCUACCAACAACAAACACUCAAUCAGACGCAACAUCAGCAAAAAAUUUGUCAAAUACAAACUCGGAGACAGACGCAACAAGCUACGUAAAUAAACCUGCAGUUUUAAAGCCAUCGUUUAAAAUCACAACCCAGGUGCUGCAGUCUCUCACCUGUCCUGUGUGCAAUAUAGAAAUGAAGGAUGUAAACCUUACAGCCUUUAACAACCAUAUUGAUGAAUGUCUGAAGGGCAGUGCAGUGGAUAAUGAACCCACAGAUUUGGAUGCGACUGAGAAACAAGAAGAGCUUAACAGCAAACCGCCUGCUUCAAAUUCAGAAAGCAAGACUCUUAAAUCUUCAAGCCACGACCCACCCAGUAAUGAAGAGAAGCCGUCAACUAGCAUCUCAGUGACACUGGUGGAAACUGAUGACAGCAGUGAUUUCAAGACUCCAUUUUUUACUCACAAGACCAAAAUAAAUGGAAAGCGUUCUGUUAUUCCAAAAAAGAAGGUGCAUUCUGAAACUAGUUCUAAAGCAUCACCCACGAGACACAAUGUUGAGGAUGUCACAGAGAUGUCAUCUGACUCGAAAGGCUCGUCUUUGACGUGUCCCGUGUGCAGUCAGCCACAGAGCACCGAUGACCUCGCUCUCUUCAACCGACAUGUGGAUAUGUGUCUCAACCAGGAAGUUUUGCUGGAGUUUAAAGAAUCUCAUCCUCCUGUGGAUCACUCAGAUGCACCAGCACUCAAGAGCGUAAAAGGCCAACUGGGGGACCAGGGACGUGUUUCUAAAGUGAGAGAAAAGAGCAAAAGGCAAGGAUCAUCUCCUCUUCCUCCCUCGAAGAAAAUCAAAGUGUUGAGCACAAAACACACAAUCGACAAGUUCUUCAAAGGCAGUCCCAGACAGAACGUCUAAUUCUUUUACAAAUCCAGACAGAUGAAUAUAUUGUUUAAUUUAUGAAGAAGAGACAUUAUGAUCCAUGAGGAUUAAUCUGGAUUCACUUCAGGGAAUAUGUUGAUGGAACAUGUAAAAAAUAUGCAUGCUGAAGAUUAUUGUAUGGUUGAUAAGAGAUGUUUCUGGGAAGAUUAUAUACUCUGACACAAAGCUGAAAAUCUGUUUGGGUGUAUUUUUUUGUAUUUAUUGAAAUUUGUGUGUGAAAAUACUUCAUAUUGUGCUUCAAAUUUAUACUUUAGGACCUGACUCUUUCAGUAAUUAUGUAUAUCAUUAAAUGUACAUUUAUAUAUGAGUGAAGGAUGGCUCAGAUAUUUUUAAAUAAUUUUAUUCUUCACACAAAUACAAGUGAGCAUUUAGUUUUGUAUGGACGUUGUAAAGCACUUUACAAAACAUGAUGUAUGAUUUACAAUCUAAAUAAUAAAUAUAUACAGAAGUGUAAUAACUGAUGCAGUUGUACAAUUCUGCAUGUACACAUCUAAAUUGCACCUUAAAUUAAUGUGAACAAAAAUAUUAAAAGUCUC